AUGGCCUCGAGGCACCCGUUCGCUCCGCUCCUGCUCCUCGCCCUGGUCGCGAAGCUCGUCGAGGGCGCAUCGUUCGCAGCGGUCGCGCCAGCAUACAUCGAAACGAUUCGGUCUGAAGCUCAAACCACCGGGGGGCGCAUCGUGGCAGGCUGGGAGGCGGAAGACGGCCAAAUCCCGCACCAGAUCAGCAUCCGAAUGGUGAACAGAGAGGCCCGCGUCGCGUCUUGCGGUGGCUCCGUGAUCCACCACAACUGGGUCAUCACCGCCGCCCACUGCCUCGCAAACCGCGUCACGUUCGUGGUCCGUUUCGGAGUGACGAGUCUGAGGGAGCCCGAGUACAUCGUGGAGGCGACGAGGCGCUUCCUUCAUCCCCUGUACGUCGAGAGCAGUCGGCUCGUCCAGACGCACGACAUUGCGCUGCUCGGCAUCGAUCGGGCCAUUCCCUACGGACCGACCGUCCAGCCCGUGCGCCUGCAAAGCAGCGAAGAGAAGGCCCGCGACUACAAAGGACUGAGGCUCACCGUCAGCGGCUUCGGGCUCACGGACGACAGAGUCAACGGUGGUGCAGCGUCCGAGGUCUUGAGGUGGGUGUAUCUGCUGGGGAUCACUUACGAGGAGUGCCGCUUCUGGUACCCGAGGAGCACCGCCCUCGCCGAGCAGACCCUCUGCGCGGAGUCUUACAACGACACUGCGCAGUCUUCGUGCCAGGGAGACAGCGGCGGUCCGCUGACUGAACUGGACGAAGACGGCAAACCCACCAUGGUCGGCAUCGUCAGUUUUGGAUCGAGGUCCGGUUGUAACUCGCCGUUUCCUUCAGGUUACGUGCGUCCCGGCUACUACCACGAAUGGUUCGAGGAGAUCACCGGCAUCGAUUUCGACUGGAAGAGGGCUGAUUUGCAAAACGCGCUUUAUAGCCCUCGAGGCCCAACUGCACAGUAA